AUGACAUUUAGCUUCAUUUCAGAUUUGUGGAACAAAUGGAAUAUCCGAGGCUCUGUCAUACUGAGUCUCUCGCUUCAAGUCUUUCUUAUUCUAUUUGCACCCCUUAGAAAGAAAAUAGCGAACCGCCCCAUUGUAUUCCUUUUGUGGUUGGCCUACUUGAUGGCCGACUCGAUAGCUAUAUACGGGAUAGGGCUCAUCUCUCACAACCAGGGCAAUUUGUACGCUCGUGCAGCUGAAAUAAACGGAGCACUUCAGGCGUUUUGGGCAUCAUUUCUUUUGUUACAUCUUGGCGGUCCAGAUACCAUCACUGCCUUCUCUCUAGAGGAUAGUUCGCUUUGGGGGCGACACCUGCUCACUCUCAUCUUCCAAGUUGGUGCUGCCAUCUAUCUCUUUAUGCGAAUAUUUCCUAGCGACAAGUUGUUGGUGAUCCCAACGAUGUUGGUGUUUCUUGCUGGGGUCAUAAAAAAUGCGGAGAGGACACUAGCACUUAAUUUCUCGAGCCUCCCAAGGCUCAAGGAAUCGUUGCUCCAACAAAACAUCCUAAGAAGGGAUGCACAUUUGAAGUUGGUUGAAGAACUCAAAGAUUUAAGGGAUGCACAUUUUGAUGAAGAAGAAGCAAAAUUUGCCGAGAGCAAAGUAGUGAAGCAUGCUUACUUAUUCUUUCAAAUCUUUAAGGUCUUUGUUGGGGAUCUCAUGUUUCAUAGUCAAGAACGCAAAAUGAGCUGUGAAUAUUUCUGCAAAGUUUCUGCAGUGGAUGCAUUGAGAAUCAUAUCAGUUGAACUCCAAUUCAUUUACGAGGUGCUUUACACAAAAACAUUGGCAAUAUGUUCCAAGUGGAGCUACAUUUUCCGCUUCAUAGCCUUCACUGACAUUGUGAUGGCUUUCAUCUUGUUUAGUCGCUUGAAGAAGCAUUGGCUCCCUAAACUUGAUGUGGAAAUUACUUAUUCCCUUCUUUUUGGAGGGAUGGCCCUUGAUGUGAUAGGUCUAUUCAUGCUCGUUUUCUCUGAUUGGACAGUUGGCAGAAUGAAGUGCUACAAUAUAGGAUCAUCUAAACUAGAUUCAUUUUUCCAUAUGUUAGUAUCCGCCAUGAGUGACCUGAGGAAGCCCCGAUUGGCCACACGUGAAGUGAAGGCUAAUGCCAAUGCUAUGUACGCGGUCUUAGAUACACCAUUCAUAUUUCGAAGGUGGUCAGAAUCCAUAUCUGCUUGCAAUCUUUUAUCCGAGUUCUUGAAGGAGAGUCCAAGAAAGAUGUAUAAAUGCGAUCGGAGCUGUGGUAUCGCUUUAUCUAAUAUUUGCAACAAGAAGAUCAUCUUUUAUUUCCAUCAAACCAGUGAGGCAAUUGCCAGACUCUAUGGUCCAAGGAAAAGAUUAAUAAUUGCGAAUACGAAAUACGUGUCCAGUAAUCUCUUUGUUAAGAAGUUAUGGAUCUUUAUCUUUAAGGAGGUUAAACGUAAAUCUGAGGGUGCGAAAACUGCAGAAGAUGUGAAGCAGAUAUUUGAGACCAGUGGUCGUCUAUUUCUUCAGAGUACACUAAGUGAGGAAAUUUCUAGCGAUUUUUUAGCUCAUGUCACUAAUACUAAUUACGACAACAGUAUUUUAAGUUGGCAUAUUGCUACUGAAAUAUGGUACAACAAAGAGAAAUCGACAAUGAGAAAGGAGGAAAGAGAAUUCAGCAAGAUCCUCUCUGACUAUAUGUUGUAUCUAUUACUUAAUCAGCAUAAUGUGGUCUCCGCUGUGGCGGGUACUGCCCAGAUGACGUCAGCAGAAAUGCUGCUUGAGCUAAAGGGCCACAUCGGGGAUGCGACCAAGGAUAUAGAGCAGCUAUGCAAGAAAUUGUAUGAUGUUCCUCUCAUAAACUUCCGUUCUACAUCUGUGCUCCUAGGUGGGGUCGAAUUGGCCAAAAGCAUGGAAAGGCAAGGGGACAUGAAGUGGAAGGUGAUGAGCGGAGUGUGGGUAGAGUUGCUGUCAUAUGCAGCAGGUCAUAUUAAGGGCGAGGCACAUGUGCAGGUGUUAAGCAAAGGUGGAGAGCUUCUUACCUUUGUUUGGCUGUUGAUGGCUCAUUUUGGUUGUUUAUACAAACCUGGAUGGGGCAUAUGUUAUGAGUUUUCUCCAUAUGCAGUUGCAUUAUUCAAUGCAAUAUCCGUAUAA